AAUAGAAUAUUUGGGAUAAACGGAAAGCUAGUCGUGCGCUUGCGACGGUACAGCGAGCUAGUUCGGUUUCGCUCUACUAGCAGACAUGUUGCCUCUUUGAAUCUACGAAGUAAUCAAUCGAUUUAUAUUUUUUUAAUUAAUUUAUCUAACACGGACGUUUAUCUAUGGUAACCAUUCAAUAAAAUAGAACAAUCUGGAACUUUAAUGGCAUCGUAGCAUUUAUGUUACAUUUUACAGGACACUUAUGAUGCCGAAAUUUGACAAUUGUAUGUUACAUCGGAGCGAUGAAUAUGAUGUGGCAAUAUCAGUUACUACUCUGUCUUAUCUUAGCUAUAAAAACAAAUGGAUCGUACAAAAUUGAUUUCGAACAAUCGACAAAAACUGUUAUUUUGGACGAUAUCAGUGAAAAUUUCAAUGGAAAGUUGCAAUUGAAUGAUUUUGGUAAUAAUAGAGGUACAAAAAAGUUGCCUGCAUACUCGUCAUGGUCAUCCUGGAGUGAAUGCCAAGGCGGUCAUAGGACCAGGCGGCGUCACUGUUUAAGACGGGAAGUAUGCGGCGAUUCGCUGCGGGUUGAAGUCGCCAGAUGCAGUACUGCAAGAGAUGUACAGAACUUUGCUACAAAAAAUGAAAUAGAUUUUAUAGCUACGAAGAAACCAUCUGUUCAAAUUAGAAUGGCACAGUUGCGUCACAAUGAAGAUAUACAAAAACAGUUUCGAGGUUUUUCCCCCUGGGGCACCUGGACUGUUUGUUCACAGAGAUGUACCACUGUUAGACGGAGAGUAUGUCAGAAAAAAGCAAUAUGUGGGAACAGAAUAAUAAAGCAAUCGGCGUACUGCUACCUGGAGGGUAGCUACUGCCAUCUAUGGAUCAGAAAAAGGAUGCAGCGACGAAAGGAUCCAGAAUACACUGUAGCUGAAACCAUGGCGCCUCCACCGAAGGUGAUUCACCCGGAGGACACACGGGCGUCUACGCAGGCGCCACCUUGCGGACAACUUGGUCGUCAGCGCGGGCACGCACGACCGCGCACGCGCAUGCGAGACAUGUUGCGUAUUAUUGGAGGCCGGCCAGCACCACCAGGGAAGUGGCCGUGGCAGGUCGCUGUACUUAACAGAUAUAAGGAAGCUUUUUGUGGGGGUACACUAGUAUCCCUAUGGUGGGUGGUAACAGCGGCGCAUUGCGUACGGCGACGACUCUUAGUGCGGUUAGGAGAACACGACCUUUUUGUACGCGGCCGCAGCGAGCUCGAGAUGAGAGUGGUGGGGGCGGUCGUACACCCUAACUACGACCCUGAUACUGUCGUCAAUGAUGUCGCUAUGUUGAGGUUACCAGCUCCAGCGCGACCUGAACUAGGCCACGGUAUCGCCUGUCUACCGCGGCCUGGUCAGGUGCUGCCUCCUCACGCAACCUGCACCAUACUUGGAUGGGGCAAGAAGAGAGCCACCGAUGCACACGGCACCAGGAUUUUGCAUGAAGCACAAGUAUCAACAGUGCAACAAGGAGUUUGCCGGCGCUCGUACUGGCAGUAUGCUAUCACCGACGACAUGGUUUGCGCGGGUCGUGGCCGACGGGAUUCUUGCGCUGGUGACUCCGGAGGCCCGCUGCUCUGCAAGGACAGGAAUAUGAGGUACUACCUACAGGGUAUCACCAGCUUCGGCGAUGGUUGCGGCAAGCGCGGCAAGUACGGCAUCUACACGCGCACCGCCGGCUAUGUUACGUGGAUGAGGAGUGUCAUGAACGAGAAGUACUUCGACUGAUUUUUAUAAUGGAACAUAUACAU